UCUCUCCUCACUCCUCUUCUUCCCCCUGCACUGGAGAACAGACACUGCUCUUUACUCUCUCCGUCAUCAUGACCAUGGUGUACUCCUCCCGAAGCUCCAUGGGCGGCGGUGGCUUUGGCGGCGGCGGCUUUGGCGGCGGUGGCAGCCGAGCAUCCUUCGGCGGACGCAUGAGUGCGUUCAGCAUGGCAGGAGGAGCCGGAGGAAGUGGGGUUAGGGUUUCCCAGGCCAGCAGGAGUUUCUCUGCCGGUGGCGGUGGCGGCGGCGGCGGCAGCUAUGGCUUCGGUGGCGGAGCAGGUAGUGGUUUCGGCGGGGGUGCAGGCUUUGGCGGUGGUGCAGGCUUCGGUGGGGGUGCAGGCUUUGGCGGGGGUGCAGACGACAGCCUCAUCGGCAACGAGAAGUUCACCAUGCAGAACCUCAACGACCGCCUGGCCACGUACCUGGCCAAGGUGGCAGCGCUGGAGAAGGCCAACGGCGAGCUGGAGCUGAAGAUCAGACAGUUUGUGGAGAGCAAGGUCGGCCCGUCAACCAGAGACUACAGCGCCUUCCACGUCACCAUCGCAGAGCUGCAGGGGAAGAUUCAGGACGCCAUCCUGCUCAGAGGGACAGUCACGCUGAGCAUCGACAACGCCCAACUGGCUCAGGACGACUUCAGACUCAAGUUUGAGAACGAGCUGUCGAUGCGUCAGUCGGUGGAGGCGGACAUCGCUGGGCUGAAGAUGGUGCUGGGAGAGCUGGGCGUCGCCAAGACCGACCUGAGCAUGCAGAUCGAAAGCCUGAAGGACGAGCUGGUGACCAUGAAGAAGAACCACGAAGAGGACCUGAUGUCCAUGCGCACUCAGAUGAGCGGUCAGGUGAACGUGGAGGUUGACGCCGGUCCGCAAACCGACCUCACCAAGGUCAUGGAAGAGAUGAGGGAACACUACGAGAUGCUCGCCGCCAAGACCAACAAAGAGCUGGAGUGCUGGUUCCAGUCCAAGUCGGAGAUGCUCAGUAAGGAGGUGGCGACCACAGAGAUGACGAUCAAAUCGACGGUCUCUGAGGUGAAGGAGGUGAAGAGUCAGCUUCAGGCUCUGGAGAUCGAACUCCAAUCACAGCUCAGCAUGAAAGCGUCUCUUGAAGCCACACUGGCCGAAAUCCAGGGCCGCUACGCCAUGCAGCUGAACGGAUACCAGAUGAUGGUGAGCGGUAUGGAGGAGCAGCUGGUGCAGCUGAGGGCUGACCUGGAGCGACAGGGACAGGAGUACCAGAUGCUGCUGGACAUCAAGACCAGACUGGAGAUGGAGAUCGCCGAGUACAGGAGGCUGCUGGAUGGAGAGGCCAGCGGCAGCGGCGGUGGCAGCGGCGGUGGCAGCGGCGGCGGCAGCGGCGGCGGAUCGACAGGUUUGUCCUCUUCCUCCUCCUCCUCCUCCUCCACUGUCAUCAGCAGCAACACCACAGUCGUCAAAAAAGUCAUAGAGGAGAAAAAUUAAUCUUAGCCACCAUCUGAGACCAAGCAUACGUCUUACGUCACUAUAAACACACAUUAAGGUAUCUGAUUUGGGGUCUAUUCUUAAUCUAAACAUUGACGCAUUUACAUCGAUUACAUGCACAUAUAAUAUUCUGGUUUUUGUCCUCAUUCUGAAAAAGACAAUGUCCCUACCAAGCUGUUUCCAUAGCUAUAGAAAGCUAUGUCAAUAUUCCACUAAUAUUCCUGUUUACAUGCAGCCGUACAAAACAGGAUUUUUUCCGGUGGCUUGUUGGAGCGUGUGAACAGAGCCUCCCUCUUUCAUUCCUUCAAACACCUUCUUUAAAAGGUCAGCAUUGGGAUGUUUGUGCAUAUCCAAAAACCUGUUGGUAUCCAAGUCUUUGAUAACGUUUUGUCACAGCAUAACCACACCCUGGUAAAACCUUGAUUACUCACGUUAAGUCUAGGGUUAUACAUAUAUAUUUGAAAACUAGAAAAAGCUAAGGAGUUAGGGAUCAGAGGCCUACCUUGGUCCUCUGAUCUGCAGCCAGCUUGCUUCCUUUUCACUCGUCAGUCUUUGCAGUGUCACACAGCGUAGAGACUCAGUUGACAGUUCAUUUGUAAACAUUCAUAUGCGGACAUUACGGCAACACAAACUUGGUGGGGAAAUAUCAUGACUAAUCAGAAACAUAUUCCAUCUUCACUGACUCCGUUUGCCAGUCUCUCUCUGAACUCCUCAGACAAUGAGCCUCUCAUUGUCUGCUUUACAGCUGCCUAUUAGCUCGGUGACGCAUGUAGGCAACACCCACCCCAACCCAGUGGCCAAUAAACUAACAGCUACCAUAAUGGU